AAAAUCAACUUCAUGUUAGCUCACUGGUAACCUGCUAAUCAGUGAAAAAAAAAACGGGUCACUUGCCCGAAAAUUAUUUACAAAAUUCAUACUUAAAUAUAUAAUUUAUAAUUUAUAUAUUUAUCAAUAAUGUCUUCAAGCAGGCUCAAUAUGAUCGUAAGAUCAUUUUCUUCAUCUCCAGUCACACAACAAUUGGUAAAGCCUCCACUUCAAGUUUUUGGUGUUGAAGGACGUUAUGCUACUGCUUUGUUUUCAGCAGCCAGCAAACAAUCAUCAUUGGAUGCUGUUGAAAAAGAUCUCUUGAAAUUCCAGGGAAUGUUGAAAACAGAUACCAAGCUGGUUGAUUUUGUAAAAGAUCCAUCAGUAAAACGUAAAUUGAAGGCCGAUGCAUUCAAAGCCAUCAGCACAAAAAUAAACUUGAACCCAGCAACAGCAAAUCUGUUGGCCCUGUUGGCCGAGAAUGGUCGAUUGGGAUUAUUGAAUCAAGUAAUAAACGCAUUCAAGCUAAUUAUGGCGGCUAAUCGAGGUGAAGUGGUGUGCGAGGUAAUAACAUCCAAGCCUCUUGACGCUGAGAGCAAAACUAAGCUUGAGUCUGCCUUGAAAUUAUUCUUAACAAAGGGACAAACCCUUCUUCUAACAACAAAAGUUGAUCCAUCAAUCAUUGGUGGUAUGGUUGUCUCAAUUGGUGACAAAUACGUCGACAUGAGUAUCGCAAGUAAAGUUAAAAAAUAUUCAGACAUUAUUUCCACUGCAGCUUAAAUACAUCAAUUUAAAUGAAAUUAUACAGAGAAAAUACUAGAUUUAUUAUACGCGGUGUUUCACUGUAGUAAUCCAUGCAUCAUGCAUUGAGUUUCAAUAAAAAAUGUAUGUAAAUAA